GUCAACGUGUUAAAAUGAGUGAGUCACAGAUAAUACGAAAUUUUAUCGCAAUUUUUAGAUUAAAAUGUUUAUAAAUGCAUCUAUUGUCUAUUAUCAAGUUCAAAUUUCAUCAUGACGCCUUCCAAACUCAUUCUCUGCCUUUGUGCAUUCAUCCUGCUACAGUUUACUGAUGCCUCAACAACCAGCACUAAAUUAUCACAAAGAGUUAAAAAAUCCAACUCACUCAUAAAGAAAUUAUUCGAUGCAAUGCCUGACUACUUCGAUAGUAUUAGCGCCUACGAAGCAAACGCAUUAAACAUCCAAACCGAGACCGCCGCUUAUGAGAAAUCACUGAACAUGCUGAUGAGGGAUCAGGACUUGCAAGCCAAUCGACAAGUUGUGGCAAUGCAUGAAGAGGCUGAUGAAAUCGAUGUGGAUAUCAACGCGUGUUAUCAAGAGUUCUCCAAUGACCGCUUCUUUAUGACAAUGCAUUACAACGCUAGUGUGAUAGCUUUGAAGAGGACAAUGUGGAGUGAAUUCGGAAGGAUCUACGCCAAAUUCGAGACGACUUUGAGUGAUUUGGAAGAACGUGCGGGCGAAACCCAGAAUGCUGUAGUCAACUGUCAUGUGGAUGACGAUGAUUGUUUCGUGAAAGGAUGGGAUCAGUUGGAUGAGAUAAGAGGUUUGAUCGAGACGGCAGAAAUAGAAAUGCACGCACAUCAAAUCAAAUUCGAUUUAAUGAAGGAGAGCUUCUUUGGUCAGUGGAGGGACAAACUAAAUAUUUACCUGGACAUAACAUACCGUAACGAGGAUUCUGAUUUGAAUGCAUUCAAAGAGUGCGUACAACAGAAAAUCAUGGAGUAUCCACCUAUCCGUGUAGAAUUAUAAGCAGUUAAUAACUAAAUCUUUGAUUUGUCGCAGAAAUAUUAGAAUAAAGAACCAAUAGAAGCUGAA